GACGAUGCGAGCGGUGUCCACGGGGCCACAGCUGUGCAGGAGGGCCCAGCGCGAGCUUUGUGGCCUGCGACAAAGGAACUUUUGCAAAUGAGAGUGCGAUGUCAAGCUGCCACCUCUGUCCGGAAGGCUACUUCGCCUCGGAAGUGGGUUCUGUAGCCUGCAGUCCUUGUGUCCCUGGAAUGGUGGCGCCUAACAAGGGCAUGGAGUCCUGCAGAAGGUGUGAGCCAGGGAGCUACCGAUUUUCCCCACGUGGGACACAAUGCGAGUCCUGUGGGAACAACCAGAUCACAUCCGAGAGCG